UUAUCUGGCUUCCUGCACUCUCUUUAGCAGUUUCUGACUCCGUAUAAGAGUUGAACAAUAACAGGAAGCCUACUGGUGGGAAACAAGUCUACACUUUACCAGAACAAGCUUCAGAUGCACUGGGAAGUCCUGAAAGACUGUUAUCAAUUGAGAACAUUCAUACGGUGCAACUGCCUUCCCAUUUUGGACUGCAUUGAGUAGCAAGGGUUUUAAAAAUAUUAAGGAUUGUUUCUGGACAUCAGGUUUUCAAGUACUCAUUUCUCAUAAAGGAUGGGUGCUUGCAUCUGGGUGGUCUUUUGCAUUAUGGUCCAUUUUAUUCCAAUAAAUGGGCUUGUUGUAAAAUCACCCAACAUUCAAUCUGUUCUACACCGACACAAAAGAGAAUUUAAAUGGAAUAUGAUGUAUGUUUUUGAAAACAUGUCGUCAAAAUCACCUAUUUCUAUUGGAAAGCUUUCUUCCUCAAAAUUCAACAGAACAGCUUUAUUUAUACUCAGAGGUGAAGGAGUAGACCAAGGUGAAAAAGGAAUUUUCACUGUUAACAAACUUGGCGAUGUGUUUGUCCACAAGACCCUGGACCGUGAAAAAAAGGCUAUAUAUAAUCUCAAUGUUUUAGCCAUGGAUGAAAUGACUAGGAAUUUGCUGGAGCCUGAAACAUCGUUUCAAGUUAAAGUGAUGGACAUCAAUGACAAUGAGCCCAAAUUUGAUCUAAAUGAAUACAAUGUGUCUUUUUAUGAGGGUCCAUAUACAGAAGCCAAGGUAUUAACUGUACAUGCUGCUGACCCAGAUGAUCCAACAGUACUUGGUCAUGCAGAAGUGGAGUACAAAAUCUUUGCUCCAAAAGGUUUCUAUAUAGUAGAAUCUACGGGAGACAUUAAAUAUUUGGGUACUCUGGACAGAGAAAGAAAUCAGACGUAUAAAUUCAUUGUUCAAGCCAAAGACAUGCCCAAGCACUCUAACACUGGCUUUACCAGCACAGCAACUGUGAUUAUUAAUUUGAAAGACAUAAAUGAUAACAAAGCAAAAUUUAUACAAAGCACAUAUACUUUUAACGUAUCAGAAUCUACAGCUCCAGGAGUUAACAUCGGAGCACUAUUGAUUACAGAUAAAGAUGAACCUCAGAAUACAAAUCCACAAUUCAAUCCAACUAAUUUGGCUGGGGUGUUUGAAAUUGUGGAGGAUGCAGACUUAAAAAAUGGGAAAAUCAUUUUACGAAAGGAGCUGGAUUAUGAAACUCGUGCCACUUACCAUUUUCAAAUUGAAGUGACAGAAACUAUCGUUUUCCCUGAUAAAGAUGAUGGAGUUGGUUUCUCCACAGCAACUGUUACUAUAAAUGUCCUGGAUGAAGAUGAACCUCCUGUGUUUUCACCAAAGGAAUAUCAUUUUGCAAAAAUGGAAAAUGUUGAUAAGGGCAGUAUUGGCAAAGUCAAUGCAAUUGAUCCUGAUACUGCUAAGAACCAAGUAAGGUAUUCUAUUAAAGAAGACUCAGUAGACUCACUUGGCAUUGACAGCAAUACAGGAAUCAUUUUCAUCAGGAAAUUGCUUGACAGAGAAACAAAAGCCUGGCACAAUUUCACCGUAAAAGCUACAGAAAUCAAUAAGGAUGGAACACAAGGGAAGGAAUCAUUUGCUUCCGUGCACUUGAAGAUUCUUGACGAAAAUGAUAAUCCACCUGAGUUGAAUGGUACCACAUAUCUGGUGGUCUGUGAAGACUCCAAACCUGAAACGGUUGUAGCAACACUCUCUGUAACUGACAAGGAUGAAAUGACUUUGGAUACGAGGUUCACUUUCCACUUAAAAGAAGAAAAUACCAACUUUACUUUAGUCCCAAAUUUAGACAAUACGGCUAACAUUAUAGCAAAAUAUGGUGGCUUCAGAGUAAAUGAAGACGACAUCCUGACCCUCAUUAUUUCAGACAAUGGCAGUCCUCCAAAGAGCAGUACUACAACUUUGACCAUUCAUGUCUGCCCUUGUAUUGAUGGGGAUCGGAUGUGUGAAGUAGCCUCUGCACAAAUGGGAGUCAGUGUUCAAGCUCUUUUGGCAAUACUAUUUUGCAUUCUUACAAUUUUAAUUAUCACUCUAUUGUUUCUCCUGAGAAGAAAGCUAAAAAAAGAACCACUGGGAUCUUUAGGAAAAGGUGUAGGAGAAAUUCAUGAGCAGCUUGUGUCCUAUGAUGAAGAAGGUGGAGGUGAGAUGGAUACCAAUGGCUAUGAUGUCUCCGUGCUUAGUUCGGCUUGGCAAAAUGGAAUAAGGCCUAGACCAGAGUCCCAAACUGGACCAUGUUUGUAUGCCACCGUUCAAAAACCAGCAAUAAAGCAGAAUAUGGAGAUUAUGAUUGAGGUGAAGAAGGACGAAGCCGAUCAUGAUAAGGAUGGAAUACCUUAUGACACUCUUCACAUUUAUGGCUAUGAGGGACAGGAUUCCCUGGCAGGGAGUCUUAGUUCCAUAAAUUCAUCUUCAUGUGACUCCGACCUUGAUUAUGAUUUUAUAAAUGAUUGGGGACCACGCUUUAAAACUUUAGCUGAACUGUAUGGAGUCGAUGAACAUGAUGCCGCCUACAUGUAUUAAGUCUCCAGUACACUGACAAUCAACUGUAUUAUGUAUAGCUUUUUACUUUAUAGUAGACGGUGCUAAUGUCAGGGUUUUUAUCAUGAUAACAUGUUUUUUAUGUAAUCAUGGCCAAAUCAAGAGAUUUUUUUUUACUUUUAUAAGUAAACUGAUUUUAUUUUUCAGUAUUUUGUUGCAGAUAGUAAAAGUGCUGGGCACCAUUUAGUUACUAACUUUAAUAAGCAAAAGAUUGGGUUUUCUGUGCAGAAAUCUUUUCAGAAUGAAUUAAGAUGCAUUUUAGAUGAAAUACUGUAUAUAUUUUCCAACACUUUUGUAAAAUUUAGACUGCCCAACAAUGCUAUUCAUUAAAGAAAGAAGUAUUUAUUUCUAGAAAAAAAUCAAAACAUGAUACAUAUGAUUUCACGUUUAAACUGUCAGUGUCUAAGUUUGAUUUUGCUGAUAAGCACAGAAAAUAUCCUUCACUUGGUGUAGUCAUGUGGUCCGCUGUCAGAGUAUAUAAACAGGAUGUGCAUGCUCUUUAGCUUGUUUUCACAGUUCUUUACUUAUGUUUUAAAAUAUGACAUGCUGGGAUAUACAAAUAAAUCAGCAUUACUCCCCCAACCUCCCCCCAAAAAAAAAACGAAACAAUGAGUCACAUUAUAUGGCAGGAAAUAUUUGUCAGCAGCUUCUGCAGGCCUUUGACAAUAAUUCUGGUUGGCUUGACAGCUUAACAGUGCCAAAUCUGUUGAGGGGCAGUUGUAGUGAAAGAAAGUCCUGCACUCCCAGAGCUUCAACAUUCAGUCAUAACAAAAUGAUUUUCAAAGAAUUCCGGAAGCAUUUAACAGAUUUACAGAGGAAAUCAUGCUGUACAAGUUUAACCUUUAGACCAGUUUGUCAGCAUUCAAGUUCUGCUCUCCUGACAGACGUUCUUUUGUUUUACAGAUUUUUUAAGCUUUCAGGUUUAAGCACAGAUCCUUUCUUUAAA